AUGCCUCCCGCAGAAAAGACAAAGAAGUCCAAGGCCACGGAUAAGUCGAGGGAUAAAGAAAAGGUGCACAAGCUUUCACUGAAAGGCUCUUCGAAGUUGGUUACAGAAUUUUUUGAGUACUCUAUAAACACAAUCCUCUUCCAGAGAGGAGUGUACCCAGCAGAGGACUUCACUGCCAUCAAGAAAUAUGGUCUUAACAUGCUUGUCUCCGCCGAUGACCAAGUAAAGGCCUACAUCCGCAAGAUAAUGUCCCAACUGAGCAAGUGGAUACUCGGCGGCAAGAUCUCAAAGUUGGUGAUAGUAAUAACGUCAAAGGAUACGGGCGAGAAUCUGGAGAGAUGGCAAUUCGACGUACAGCUUCAAGGCAAAGCCAAGAGUCCUGCUGUUGCUUCUAAGACCGAGAAGGAAAUCCAGGAGGAGAUCCAGAGCCUCUUCAGACAGAUCACCGCGUCUGUCACAUUCCUGCCCAUGCUCGAUGGGAGAUGCACUUUCAACGUGCUUGUCUAUGCGGAUGGCGACGCCGAGGUCCCCAUGGAGUGGGGUGAUUCGGAUGCCCGCGAGAUUGUCGGGGGGGAGAAGGUUACGUUAAGGAGUUGGGGGACUAGUAGUCAUAAGGUCGAUACUUUGGUUAGUUAUAAACUUGCUGAUUGA